AUGCAGGACAGGGCGAGCUUCCACAGCAACAAAUCGCAGGGUUUGAAGAACAAACUGAGUCAAGCGCAAAUUAACCAAAGAAUUAAAAACAUCAAUUUGACCAAGCGGCUAAUAUCGUAUGAAAGGUAUAUCAAUGCUAUUCCAAAGGAAGAGAGAAGAAAAGAUAUGAAAAAUGAUUGGCACCCUGAGACUCCACGCAUUAACAGGAAUCUUAGCUUGUCACAGUGGAAUGGAGAAAUGAAAAAAUGGAGGAAGCAGGUACAUGCGUGGGGGAACAUGUCUGAGGAGGUCCACAAAUACAUCUGUAAUUUGCCCGCUUCGGAAAAGUAUAAUUAUUUAUCCAAGUUAAAAUUGCCUGAACUGAGUCAGGUAGAAAUUGCCAAGUUAAGAAGGAAAAAUGAAGAAAUUGCAAAUAGGAUGUUAGAGGAUAUUGUGCGAGUGAGAGAUGACCACGAUGGUGAGGGGCACCCACAACCCCCCGGUCAUAUAAUCGAUAGGCCGCUUUUUUUUUUGCCUCACAAUUUUAGUGGCACCAUAUUAAACAACAAAUUUGUUCUUAUUAAGCGGGGUGCCUUGGAAGACUCCCUUCAGUCGAUGAGGAGGAAUUAUGAGGGAAAAUAUCACCCCCUGUAUGAAAAGUAUUGUGCCUUGUAUCUGACACCCGUUGGUGGUGAUAGCAACCAGGAUGAGCAAUCCCAGACGGGCGACAUUACUGUUUUUGACAGGGGGGCGAAAAAUAUAUUAGCUGCUAAUAUGAUGAAUACGUACAUGGAGAACCAGAAAGAGAGGGCGUCGCAGUACCUUCGCCCAGUUUAUGUAAAGUAUACAACUGGGAAUAACUACGUGGGGGAUAAAAUGAAAAGAAGGUUUUAA